CUCACUAUUGUGUAGUGCUUGUUUGUUUGAAACAAUAGCAGGUUAACACCGCCCGUGAAUUGUCACGCUAAGGAUGGCUCCGACUGUGAAGGCAGUAACGGGGUGUAAAAAAGCUAAAGCUUUGGAAUCCAUUAAUAGCUGCUUAGCUCUGGUGAUGAAAAGUGGGAAAUGUUCUAUUGGCUUACGGCAAACUCUUCGUCUCUUGCGCAAAGGAGGAGCGAGAUUAAUAAUUAUUGCCAACAAUGCUCCUCCAUUAAGGAAAACUGAAAUAGAAUACUACGCGAUGUUGUCGAAGACUGGUGUUCAUCACUAUAACGGAACCAACCGUGAUCUUGGAACGGCGUGUGGAAAAUACUACAGAGUAAGCACUCUAGCCAUUGAAGAUCCAGGUGAUUCUGACAUCAUCCGUUCUGCGCCACACGAGGCGGAAACAAAGUCAUAACUCAAUAAAUUUUCUACGAAUCAUGUCUUUUUUCUUAAGGUUGGUGACAAAUAAAUAAUGUCGAAUGUGUUUUACGAUUUUCGAGAUGGAAAUUUCAGGUUCCGUUAUUUUAAGCCCUACAUAGAUACAUAAUACCGUCAUAGUAACCGCAUUGUUCCGUCCUAGAAGUAUCGCAACAAUGUAGAGAGAAGUCCAAUUUCUUUAUGUUGGUCUGAUCACGAAUCACUAAAUCUGGUCGAAUUGUUCGACAAAAAUGCGAUUUAUGACCUGGUAGUGCUACUUUUAGGUUGGUAGUUUUCCCCCUUUAUUCCC